AUGAAGUCGGUGUCGAAUAGUGAACUCUACGAUAUAUUAGGCGUUUCUGCUAGCGCAUCGCGCCAAGAUAUAAAAAAGGCGUAUCGCGUCAACGCGUUGAAACACCAUCCUGACAAAAACGGACACUCAGAGGAGUCGAAGCUCAAGUUCCAGCAGAUCUGCAAAGCUUACGAAAUUCUCAAGGACGAAAGAAAGCGCGAGAUGUACGACAGGUUCGGAACAGCGGACGAAAGCCAGUGGCAUACAGAAUCCACUAGUUACCAGGAGCAAUCGGGGAUGUCUGCAGGGGACCUGUUCGCGCAGUUUUUCGGCGGAGGAAGCACGACAGGCAGCUUCUUCAACGACGACAUGUCGUUCUUUGGAAAGCGACAGGGCGCUCAUACAGCGCCAUCGCGUCGUGAGUUGCCUCGCGGCCCCGACAUAAAGCACUACCUCAAGUGUACUCUAGAAGAGGUUUAUCAUGGUAAGAGAGCGAAACUUGCUUUGAAAAGAACUCGACUUUGCAAAAAGUGCAAAGGCGAGGGCGGCUUGAAGGCGUCGCAGUGCUACACAUGCGGUGGACGCGGUAUACGGACAGAAACGAAGCGGCAUGGUCCCAUGGUCCAAACAUGGUCGUCAACAUGCAGCGACUGUGCCGGUCGCGGCAGUUUUAUGAAGCAGAAAGAUAUCUGUAGGGACUGCAACGGGCAGGGGUGCAUCAGAGAACGCAGAAUAUUUGACAUCGAGGUUCACAAGGGAAUGGAAAAUGGCCAAGAGGUUGUACUGCCUGGGGAGGCGGAUGAGGUUGUUGGUUCAGAGCUUGGUAGCGAGCAUGUGAUACCUGGAGAUGUGAUCAUUAUUCUGGAACAGCUCCCGCACAAAGCGUUCUGGCGCCAUCGCGAUGCUAGCUUGGUGCUGGACCACUGUAAGGUUGACCUGAAAACCAGCCUGUGCGGCGGCCCUGUGUGGGUGGACUCCCAUCCUUCCGGCAAACUGCUGAAAAUUGACGUUUUGCCGGGGGAGAUCUUGAAACCGGGAGCAAUUAAAUGCGUGGAAGGCAUGGGGAUGCCUAAGAGUGGCGGCAGGUUUGGUAACCUGUACAUUCGGUUCGAUGUCGCUUUCCCUGAAUCACUUAAGCCGGAAACCGUUGAGGCGUUGAGAGCCGCGCUAGGCCAGGAACCUGGGGCGAACUCGGGCGCAGGAGAGCCAGCGGUCGCUGUCGAGGGCAGGGAGGUUGAGGAGCACGUUCUCAGCAACUUUGCUCCGGACCUCGAGCUGUCUAGAGACAGUUAUCGGAAGCGGCAGGCCCGCGGACAAAGUGCAUCGAGCAAGCGCCGCAAGUAUGCGGAUGACGACAGCAACGACAGCGAUGUAGCCGAUGAGCAGAACGGCGGCUGCACAGUGCAUUGA